AUGAAGACGACAUGGAAAGACAUACAGCCCGUCCCGACAUCUCAGGAAUUCCUCGAUAUUGUCUUGAGUAGAACACAGCGACGUCUGCCGACGCAAAUCAGAGCUGGAUUUCAAAUAAGCCGUAUUCGCAAUUUUUACACCAGGAAGGUAAAGUUCACACAAGAGACCUUUUGCGAGAAGCUAUCUCUUAUUCUCGAUGGAUUCCCCCGUCUACAAGAUAUUCAUCCGUUCCACAAGGAUCUCCUCAACACCCUCUACGAUGCCGACCAUUUCCGAAUUGCACUCGGUCAACUCUCCACUGCGAAGCAUCUGAUCGAAAUCGUCUCGCGUGAUUAUGUGCGCCUCCUUAAGUACGCGCAGUCGCUCUUCCAGUGCAAGCAACUCAAGCGCGCGGCGUUGGGUCGAAUGGCCACCAUCUGCAAAAGAUUGAAGGAUCCCCUGCUCUACCUCGACCAGGUCCGCCAGCAUCUCGGUCGUCUUCCCUCGAUCGAUCCCAACACCAGAACUCUCCUCAUCUGUGGGUAUCCCAACGUCGGAAAGUCUAGCUUCUUGAAGAGCGUUACCAGAGCCGACGUCGAUGUUCAGCCAUAUGCGUUCACGACGAAGAGCUUGUUCGUGGGACAUUUCGACUACAAGUACUUGCGAUUCCAAGCCAUUGAUACCCCUGGUAUAUUGGACCACCCAUUAGAGGAGAUGAACACUAUUGAAAUGCAGUCCAUCACCGCAAUCGCUCAUCUCCGAUCCGCUAUUCUGUAUUUCAUGGAUUUGUCCGAGCAGUGUGGCUACACCGUGCAAGCGCAAAUGCAACUAUUCCAGAGCAUCAAACCUUUGUUCGCAAACAAGCUUGUCUUCAUCGUAAUUAACAAGAUUGAUGUCACCCGCCCCGAGGAUCUUGACGAGGAGACUCAAGCCGCUCUCCAAGCCCUCCUGAAGCCUGGAGAUGUAGAGAUGUUGCAGCUCUCAUGUACCACCACAGAAGGUGUGCAAGAAGUAAAGAACGCUGCUUGCGAGCGCUUGAUAGCCGACCGCGUUGCCCAAAAACUCAAGGCCGGUACAAAUAGCAGCGGAGUGGGUGGCCGUCUCCAAGAUGUCCUUACCAGAAUCCAUGUCGCGAAGCCCAUGGACGGCGUUGUCCGCGAAGCCUUCAUUCCUGAAGCGGUCAAGAAUAAGAAGAAGUACGACAAGAGCGACCCCGAUCGCAUCAGGCUUGCACGGGACAUCGAGGAAGAGAACGGUGGCGCGGGUGUGUACAAUGUCGACCUCAAGGACAAGUACCUCCUGGAAAAGGACGAGUGGAAGCACGACAAGAUCCCCGAAAUUUUUGAGGGCAAGAACGUUGCCGACUUCAUCGACCCAGACAUCGAGGCCAAGCUCGCCGCUCUUGAAGAGGAGGAGGAGAAGCUUGAGGCGGAAGGUUACUACGACUCAGACGAGGAACUGGAGGACGCCGAAGAUGCCGAGAUCCGGAUGAAGGCCGACCAGAUCCGCGAGAAAAGAAUGGAGAUCCGCAACGCGGCCAAGAUGAAGAAGUCGCUCAAGAACCGCGCCAUCAUCCCGCGCACGCUUACCCGCAAGAAGCUCACCGACAUGGAGGACCACCUCGACUCGCUCGGUCUCGAAACCGACGCCAUCGGCGUUCGUGCGCGCAACCAGAGCCGUGGACGGAGCAUGGUACGCAGCCGUACCGGUACCGAGGAUGUCAUGGACGUGGACUCCCCCGAAUACGAGGCGAAGAUGCGCGCAAAGAGUAGAGCUAGGAGUCAGAGUAAUAGACGCGAUGACGGCGUGACGAACGAGGUUGCCAGAACGAAGGCCGAGAGAGCACAGAAGCUGAGUCAGAGACACAUGAACAGGAUGGCUAGACAGGGUGAAGCCGAUAGGCACGUUGCAGCGGCCAUGCCCAAGCACUUGUUCUCUGGCAAGCGCGGUAUGGGCAAAACCAACUCUCGCUGA